UCAACGUGGAGGAUCACCUUUUACUUAGACAAGUAGAUGGAAUCAGUAGGGAGAUGCAUCUUCUCUUAUAUCUUAAAAAAUACGUAAUUAUUAUUAGGAGCCAGGCGUACACUUGAAGUAUGAAUAAAAAGACACACCAAAGAUACCAUUGUUAAAAGUUUGGGCAGCCCUAGGCACAAAAGAAAGUGGUGAUUGAUGGCUACUCCUCCGGUGAAUUCGUUGCCAAUAGCAUACCAAGCAUGGACAAGCCUGGGAGUCCCAGAUUGGUUGAACAAAGGAGACAACGCAUGGCAAAUGGUGUCAGCCACCUUGGUUGGGAUUCAAAGCAUGCCGGGCCUCGUCAUCCUCUACGGAAGCAUCGUCAAAAAGAAAUGGGCCGUCAACUCUGCCUUCAUGGCCCUCUACGCUUUUGCGGCGGUUAUCAUCUGUUGGGUGGCGUGGGCCUACAAGAUGUCGUUUGGGGAGGAGCUGCUGCCGUUUUGGGGCAAAGCCGGGCCCGCGUUGGGCCAGAGGUUUCUGAUAAAGCAGGCGGGCCUGCCCGCCACGCCGCAUUAUUUUAGAAACGGUGGUGGUUUGGAGACGGCGGAGAUAACGCCGUUUUAUCCGAUGGGUACUAUGGUAUGGUUUCAGUGUGUUUUUGCGGCUAUUGCGGUUGUUAUAUUGGCUGGGUCGGUGCUGGCUAGGAUGAACUUCAAGGCGUGGAUGAUGUUUGUGCCGCUUUGGCUUACUUUCUCUUACACCAUUGGGGCGUUUAGCUUGUGGGGUGGAGGGUUCUUGUUCCACUGGGGCGUUAUGGACUACUCUGGUGGUUAUGUUAUUCAUCUCUCUUCCGGGAUUGCUGGCUUCACUGCUGCUUAUUGGGUGGGGCCAAGAUCGAAGAAGGACAGAGAGAGAUUCCCGCCAAACAAUGUGUUGCUAACGUUGGCGGGGGCAGGGCUACUAUGGAUGGGAUGGGCAGGUUUCAACGGCGGAGAUCCGUACGCGGCAAACACGGACUCGUCGAUGGCGGUGCUUAACACCAACAUUUGCGCCGCCACCAGCCUCCUCGUAUGGACGUGGUUGGACGUUAUUUUCUUCAAGAAACCCUCAGUUAUUGGAGCCGUUCAGGGCAUGAUAACUGGCCUUGUUUGCAUCACUCCCGGAGCUGGUCUGGUUCAAGGAUGGGCUGCCAUAGUGAUGGGAGUUCUUUCAGGCAGUGUCCCAUGGUUCAGCAUGAUGGUAUUAGGGAAAAAGCUGAAAUUGUUUCAAAUGGUUGAUGACACCCUUGCUGUGUUCCACACUCAUGCUGUGGCUGGCCUUCUUGGAGGCAUACUCACUGGCCUAUUUGCCGAACCUCGUCUGUGUGCACUCUUUCUACCUGUCACCAACUCCAAAGGAGGAGUCUAUGGAGGCCCUGGUGGAGUCCAAAUCCUUAAACAAAUCGUGGGAGCUUUGUUCAUCAUUGGGUGGAACCUUGUGGUCACUUCAAUUAUUUGUGUGGUUAUUAGUUUCAUAGUUCCACUUAGAAUGACAGAGGAAGAGCUUCUCAUUGGAGAUGAUGCGGUUCAUGGGGAAGAGGCUUAUGCUCUGUGGGGUGAUGGAGAGAAACUUAGCAUCUACAAAGAUGAUACCACUCACCAUGGAGUUGUGUCUAGUGGUGCCACUCAAGUGGUCUAGAUGAUCGAGGAGUUGUACUUGAAUUGAAUCAAUUGAUUCUUUGUUGCUAAUUUGUGUCAUUCCAUAAUGUUUCUUUAGGAUAUAGCUGUUGAAGAAAAAGAAAUCUGAUUUGUUCUGUCAUCUGUGUUUGUGUUAAUUAAUGCCUGCAAUGUUGAUUUUAUUAGUAUCAUCUUAGCGCUUUGGUCUCAGACUCUCUGUUUAAUGAUUUCUUCACAGAUAUAAAUGUACCAAUGGGCAGUCUUGGUAAUUAUGUAUUUGAGAAUUGAGCUUA